AUGUGGCGUCUAUUUCUUCUGGGGUUCUUAGCUACGGCUUCGGCGCAAAUCCCAUCUCUAGGCUGGUGUCCUGAUUAUCAGGCAAUGGCAAACUUCAACAUGGACCGAUUCCUUGGAACUUGGUACGAAGCGGAGAAGUACUUCACCGUAUCUGAACUUGGUACCAGAUGUGUCACCACCCACUACACCGCUACGCCCGAAGGCAGGAUCCUCAUUACUAAUGAGAUAACGAACUCCUUAACUGGCUUCAAAAGAUUAAUGGAAGGACAUCUUCAAAUGGUGGGCCACGAAGGAGAGGGUCGUGUUUUGGUCAAGUACUCAUCACUGCCGUUGCCCUAUGAUUUUGAGUACAGUAUUCUAGACACUGACUACGAUUCAUAUGCAGUCAUGUGGGCUUGCAGCGGUAUUGGCCCAGUACAUACUCAAAACACCUGGCUCCUAACCCGUGAGAGGCUCCCAUCUCUGUCUGUGAUGCGGAACGCGUAUGCUGUGCUGGAUAAGUUCAAGAUCUCGAGGACCUUCUUCCAGAAAACAAACCAGGCUGACUGCACGAUAUUACCCGCACCGGCUGCUUCAAACGAAUUGGCAGAAACCAAGGCUAUUGAAGAAGUGCCUGCAGCAGUGCCUGAGAAGGAAGUUGAGCAACCAAUUAAGAAAAGAGUAGAUCCGGAAGUCAAGGUUAGCGAGACAGAAAUGCGAUCGGCUAUCCCUGCUUCUAAAAACCUCGAAAAGGCUGAGGAAGCCAAACCGAUGCAAGUACCAGAGCUUAUCAUGUCCGAAUCUGAGAAGGAGGUGGAAAAAAUCAAGAUUCCAGAGGAACCACUGACACUUAAAACAGAAAUGAAAGGCCAACUCGCACAGUAA